UAACCCUUACCCUAAAACACACACACACACACACACACACACACACACACACACACACACACACACACACACACACACACACACACACACACACACACACACACACACACACACACACACACACACACACACACACACACACACACACACACACACACACACACACACACAAAGUUGUUGGAGAGCCCUACAUGUCACGUGACAGAGGUGUGCAUGUUUCUGCUAAGCGAGGGUGGGUGUGUUUUGCCUGACAGGGUCACACCUGUCGGGCGGUGCCGCCGGCGGGAUGCGCGUGGGAGUGUGUGUGUCUCGGGAGCUUCACUCCGUAAUGUCUGAGUGUUAAUGGAGCGCGGCGGGUCACGAGAGGAGCAGCGGACCUCAUGAAGUUGUUGUCGGUGUCUGGAGACCUGCUGCCCGGCUGCUACGACUCGAGGCGGCGGCUCCUUCCCCCCGGAGGGUGGAGAACUUCCUGAAGUGCGUUACUGUGAAGUGUGCUGGUUCUCCUGGAGAGUUGUGUUUCUCCUGGAGAGUUGUGGUUCUCUGGGAACUUCUGGUUCUGGUCAUGGCUCUGUCCCAGCUCCAGUGUCUGGACGACAACCACGUGAACCUGCGCACGCACGAGUCCAAGGUGGGCUUCCUGUACUGCGAGGACCAGCGGCUCGCGCUCGAGGCUCUGCUGCGGGAUGGCCGCGAGGCGCUGGUCAAGCUCCAGCAGGACCGCGGCUUGCGGGGCUUCCUCUCGGAGUCGGAGAUCGAGGCUCUGGCCGCGGCGGUGGAGCCCUACGACCCGGGCAUGGAGCUGUUCCUGGGGGACCCGGAGGACGGCGAGCCCCCGCUGUCGCUGCAGUACUGGCCCGAGCUGUCGGACACGUCCGUGCCGCAGAUGGACCUGGGCUGGCCCGACUGCGCCUCGUACCGGGGGGUGACGCGCGCCACCGUGUACGCGCAGCCACCCAUGGAUGGUCAGACGCACAUCAAAGAGGUCGUGAGGAAGAUGAUUGCGCAGGCGCAGAAGGUGAUCGCAGUGGUCAUGGAUGUCUUCACUGACGUGGACAUCUUCAGAGAUUUGCUUGACGCUGGUUUCAAGAGGAAGGUUUCUGUCUACAUCCUGUUGGAGCGCACAAAUCUACCUCAUUUCCUGUCCAUGUGUCAGAGGGCCAACAUGCACGCGGGCCACCUCAAGCACCUUCGUGUUCGCUGCUCAGAAGGAUCAGAGUUCUGCACUCGGUCAUGCUCUAGGGUCAAAGGGCAGCUGGGACACAGAUUUAUGUUCAUCGAUGGAGACAAAGCCGUGUCGGGGUCGUACAGUUUCACCUGGAUGUCCUCACGGCUGGACAGAAACCUGGUCACGGUGGUAACAGGCCAGGCGGUGGACUCCUUCGACACGCUGUUCCGCUUCCUCUACGUGACCUCCAGCUCAGUUGACCUCCGGCAGGUUGCCACUGACCCCGAACAGGAGCCCGAGCCCGUCCGGGAGCCGGCCCCCGUCGCCCCUCCGUCUGCUGCGGAUGUAAGGAAAAUGUACAACCCUAAAUACGCCGUGCUUAUGGCCGGGAACCCCAGUAUGCACCCGCCCUCUGUUCCGAAAGAGCCCCCAAAAUCUGAGAACCCUGAAGUCCCAGGAAGUAAGAAGAGGGGGCAGAAGAAGAGCGGUAAAGAUGCUCCACAGGAGGAGCCCCCCCUCCAUCCUGGACUUUCCCAUUUGGAGAAGGCGAACUUGAUCUCAUAUAUACCGACCUGGCCAGAGCCGGACCCCCCCAGUGAUGUGAUUGGAUUCAUUAACAUCCGGGAUAGCAGGAAACCAAUUCAGGUCCAUCUGCAGCGAACCGAGAGGUUUGAAACAAGCCAAGCAGUCAGGUUCAGCAGUCCCUUCAGCAUGCCCAAGGAAAUCCUGCCUGAGGUGGCCCAGCGCAGACAGUCAACUCCCAAUCAAGAGGAGACGAACAAACGCCAGGCGACACAAAAUAAAGUAAACGCUGAAGAGUCUGUGGUGGACGGUUAUCAGGCAACACAACCGAGUGCGGCUCCUGAUGACAUCACCACCGAAGGAGAAGCACCUGAAGAGAAAUCACCCACAUCGGGGCUGAAGUCCGAACCUGUCAAAGACACAAAUCAGGCUCUCGAACCAGGAAGUGAACUGCAUUCAAACACACCAACCAACCAAGGUACAGGUCACAACACUACACCUCACCUCAGUGCACACACACCUUCUGCAUCCAGUAGCAACACAUCCACUCCCAGCACUGGCAGGAGUUCACACAGCGCACAAACUAAAACGACCAGCAGUCCCGAGCCGCAGUCCCUCCCUGGAUCCACCGCUGAGCAAGGAGCAGAAACGAGUUUAAACAAACAGAGCGCAGCUGUGCAGGGGACACACACCCUGGAGUCGGGUGACUCUGAACAACACACACACACAAAGACAGAGGUGUUACAGCCGGGUUCCCACACGGAGCCACACAACUCCUCAGAAACACCUAACGUCCAGACUCCCACCUCCUCUGCUUCUCCUCCGCAUCCUCCGCCUGUCACCUCCACCUCCCUCUCCAAAGCACUCCACACGGCCUCUACUGCAGUUCACACAAGGACAGCUGCCAGUGUUUGUAUUUCUGUGCCCUCACCCAGCGGCUCCCCCUCCCUUCCCCCUCCCAUCUCUUCUCCUACAACUCUACAGCCUCCCCUCCCUCCAUCCUCUGCACCCCCUCCAUCGACCCCGGUUGCACCCAUCCCUAAACCUCGCACUGUCCAUCUGGUUAUUAAAAGCAGUCACACCACUGAUGGCCAGGAGCUGCCAGAGAUCAAUGUUGUCAGUAGACCGGGGACCCCGGCCAGGAAAUCCAAUCCUGCGAAUGUUGCGCAGACGCCGCCGGAGAGCGUCCUGCAGCCUCAGAACAACCGUGGAAGCAAGAAGGAGGAGAGUGAAUGUGCCGCCGCAGAACAGACAGACACCAAGGCCCCGGAGAAAACCUCUGAUUUUGCCGAAGUGCCGAAUGACAAAGGUGAAAAUGUGGUGCAGGGCAGAAAAUACCUCGCAAGAGCACAUGAACCCCAGAGAAUAUUAUACUGUGAAGGGAACGCGCCGGAAUCUGCCGCGAUUAACGCACACGUACCCAAAGACAGUCAGCAAGGUAGUAGCCCGGGUGUCCCAGCAGCACAACACACACACAUUAAACCAAAACACAACACACACAUCAGUAUUACCGCCCAAGAAUCCCCACAGGCCCCUAAAGCACAGGGAGGGUCACACACCAACACACACGUGGCAGCUGAGCGAGAGUUGCAGACAAUAAUUCCUCAGGUACGCACGCCGACCCCGGACAGAUUUCUUCCCCGCACCCCCACCCCGGACUCACGAACACACACUCCAGACCUACGGGCGUACACACCAGACUUUCAAACCCCCACGCCCGACGGGUACAUGUCCCCGAGGGACGACUCCAAUCUCUCCACCACAUCGGACGAGUAUUUCGAAUGUAGCAGUUCUCCUCUGCACGACCCAGUGUUCGACCGAGCCGGUUUACAAGGGGAUCCCGGUAGCUCCACGCUCUCAAAUGGCCCAAGUGCUGCAACGUGCACUGCUGCUGGUCCGGUGCACGUGAAUAAUACGACUUGGGCGGAGGAUGGCGGCGACAAUGACAAAGAUGAAAAGAUGAUAAAACUCAGUGUUACAGAGAGGCCGACAGAACCAGGGGACCAGGGAAGAGCCGACCAUCAUCAAGCUGCUAAAAGUAAACGAGUGAUGAACCAAGGAGGAGCUCCGGGGGAAUCGACCAAUAACACGACAAAGGACGGAGUGAGACCAGGCGAGGAGCAGGUGGAGGACGGGAGAGACAGGCCUCAGUCACCCAGAGAGACUGAGAGACAGAAGACUCUGAAACGACAGCAGCAGGACGGGGGUCCUUCUCCUCACAAACCACCCAGACCACCUCCUCAACCAGUGGGUGCUGUGGGAUCUGCGACUGGGCGGAAGCAGGUGGAGGUUCCCAGCAGCGAGAGCCAGGCCCUCCUCCCUCGACUGCCCCCAGUGACUGAGAGCAGGACAAGGAGCGGACAGUUGCAGAGGCAGCAUCCCAACCCAAGAGCCCCGACCCCUGGUGUCAACUCGUCCCAGCUCCGUCCUCACUAUCAGAACCAGGAGGAGUCUGUGCAGGGGGCGCACAGGCAGGAGGAAGGAAGUGCUCCGUUUACCCUCACCUUAAGCAAGCUGUACAACCUGAAGGGACUGAAGGACAAGAUGAGCAAGCUGCCUGCACAGGGCAGGGGAGGCAGCGGCAGCCGUAACAGCACCUACUAGUCUGGGCAUCCCCCCCCCCAUAUUUUCAAGAAAAAGCUUUACAAACUCAGGACUUGACUCAGUAAACACACAAUGAAAGAAAUGCCCAAAAGAACAGUUUUCUGUCCUGUGCCGACUUGGCUCUGCAUCAUGUCUUUGCUCUGGGGUUCUGCUGACUGACUGACUGACUCAACUCUGAACUCUGACCCCUGACCUGUGGGUUUAACCUGCUCUUGUCCUGCUUGUUUGAUGGAGGACACACUUUAAAGGGACAAUGUGUAAGAUCUGGGCCGACUAUCGAAUCCUGAUGCUGCGUUCACACUGAACACAACGCACAUAUUUCACGUGUCGAGAUUACAUAAAAAAAGUCAAUAUGUAAAACCAGGAUUGGACGCGUUACGCUGUGUCGGAGGACAACAGAUGAAUACUCACAGUAUUUAUUGGUUCCUUAUGAACCCAAUAAAUUAAAAUGAUCCUGUUGUGCAAUUGUGCAUUUAGGGUUUCACAGAAUUGUGUGUCCCGAUCGGUGUGAACGCACCUUUACUCCAAACAACAAGAUGUUAGCCUUUUACCAGCAAAAUGCACUUUUGGUUCCCCCCUCUCUCCUUUUCCCUUUCGUCGGGCUGCCCCUGGGAAAUUUUGUGCACAUCUCUCUUUGCACCAGUCAUUCAUUAUCUUCUGCAUGCAUGCUUUGCAAAUGGGUUCACUAUCACCAGCACCUUUUGAGGUACAAAGUGAUAUUGUGAGAGAGAGAGAGAUACUUUUUUUUUUAGCCACACACUCACGUAGACAACAGGAUGUCUACUGCACGCGUUCCUGGAGUAUUCCACUAGAGGGCGCACCACAAAACUAAGACUGUAGAACUUCCAAAUUUAAAGUUGGCACACCAAACGGACAAGAGGUACGCGAGGCAGUCAUGACCUGGGCUUGUGGUUAAAGGCAGGAGUAUCUCCAUCCUUACGCUGUGUAAGCAGACAAAUGAGUAAAUGUUCAAAUGGCAGGUGAACACAUAAAAUACACACAGAAAACAUGUUAGUUGUGUUUAUCUAUGCUGAAUGACCCACAUUUGUAUUAUAACAAACCGAAUCUGUGCAUCUGUAUGUUAAAAGUUUAACAUUCUUUAUUUGAGGGUUAAAACCUGCCCAUGCUAAAACGUUGUCUUAUUGAUUUUC